CCGCGGUUGGGGGCUGAGCCCUCGGCAACCCCAUGUGCCGGAGCCGCCAUGGAGGUGCUGCUGGCUGCCGCUCUGCUCCCGCUGCUGCCCCGUGAGUACCCUCCAAGUAGCCCCAGGACAGCCCCGGGGGCGGACGGGCCUGAUGCCAACCAGCCUGUGUGUGAAGAAUGGGCACCGCCGUGCUGGCAGCCGUGCUGGGUGGGAUGUGUGAGGGAUGCAGUGCCCCUAAAAGCCUGUCUCCCCCAGUUGGCAGGGCAGCCAUGCCUCUGCCCACCCUGGCCCCACCACUGAGCAUGGUGCUGGCCGGGCAGCGUCGGCGGCUGGUGGUCUGUGUGGUGAGCGACCUGGCCCCUAGCUCCGGCCACGCUGUCUGGAUCUCCAGCGGGAAUGGCAGCAUCCUGCCGUCCUUUGCCUACGGGGCCUCUCAGGAGGAUGGUGGCACCGUCUGCUCUGUCUCCCUCCUUUCCAACGACCUUCUGGCCGAGGGAGAACUCGCCUGCCAUGUCGGGGCCAACAGGACUUCCCCGUCCCACAGCUCCAGCCCCAUCCACAUCACGGGCAACGAGGAGGUGGCAGAGCUGUGUCCUGGUAGCACAGCUGUGUUCUCGGACCCUGCCUUGGCAGCUCUGCUCAUGGCUGUUCGGGUGGUGCUGCUGAAGGUCAUGCUCUCAGAUGCCCUCCUCACCUCUAUCCUCCUCGCCCAGAGCUGAGGGCUUGGCAGAUGUCUACCCCUGAGGGGCAAUCCGGGGCAGGUCGUGACGGACAUUUGCUGUUUGCUGCGGCUUCCUCUGCCUUUGCUGUGUAGGGACAAGUGGAGCUGGACAGCAAAGAGAAAAUAAAGAAAUAUGGAGC